GAUUCGUGUCAUCGUGUGAGUCUGAAAUAACCUUCACUGCCUUCAGGCGGUAAUAGUCAAAACGUGGUGGUCUUCGACGCGUGCCCGAAGAAGACGAUGCCGGGUGACCGGACAAGGGAACCUGUAACCAACAUCAGUGGAGAGGGUGUCACCCCAAACAACGGACACCACGGGACGAGACGAGGGGCACCAAGCCACGGACACUGCCAAGAGAACAGCAGGCCUGUUCUUCCGAGGAGUGGGUCAGGAAAAGAGUGCCGGUGCUGCGAGUGAGCAGCGCGCGGCGCGGGUUGCCGGGAGGCCGGCCCAGCGAGUGGGUACAUAGCCUGUGCUGACUAGUGGUGCUGAGAUCCUCUCAUAGAACUCAGCCUGCAGGUCUGAGAUCCUCUCACGAAACUCAGCCUGCACCUCCGAGAUCCUUCGAUGGAACUCAGCCUCCACCUCUGAGACCUUCGCAACGAAGGCCUCAAGAACAGGAGAACUAACACAACCUGUCGACUCAGCAACACAGUAGGUAAAGACUUUGGAGUAAGGUUUAGCAGUGAGAAAAGCAAAGUAAUGAUUGUGAAUAGGUCAGAGGAUGAAAGUAAUGUGGUAUGGAGACUUGGAGGGAAUGAGUUGAGACAGGUGCAAGAAUACAAGUACUUAGGGAUGUGGAUGAGUCCUAGUUGGUGUGCAAAGGCAAAGAAUGAAAAGAUAAGUAUGGUAAACCAGUGGGUAGGUCGAUUGGGAAGCGCGGCAAGGAUGAGAGCAAGUAAGUAUGAUGUGUUGAGAGAAGUGUGGAAGAGUGUGGCUGUGCCAUGUAUAAUGUAUGGUAUGGAUGUGAUUGCAUGGAAUGAAAGUGAAAUUGAUAAGUUAGAAGUGGGGCAGAAUAGAGUAGCAAGGAUGGCACUGAGUGCACCGAGGUGCACAGCAGUUGAAGCCUUGAGAGGUGACAUGGGAUGGAGCACCUUCAGAGUAAGACUGACAAAAGCCACAUUUAGGUACAAGACUAGGCUUGAGAGAAUGGAUGAUGCAAGAAUAGCAAGGAAGGUGUACCUGUGCAAUGAAAGUGGAAGCAAAUGGAGGAAGGGAUGCAUGAGAAUGACAGACAGGAAUGGAUUGCAAGUUGUGUGGGCGAUAAGAAUGGCUGGUAGGAAUCAAAAUGAGCGUGAAUGGGUGGUAACAAGAGGAGGCAGAGUGGGAGCCGGAUGGGAUGUGAGAAAAUGGAAGAAUGAGAUAGACAAAGAAGUGAAAUGUGUGGGACUGAAUGAAUGGAAGAAUGAAAUGGAAAGAAAGAAGACCCUGGAAUGGUACAAGGAGAAAGAGGCCCCGAAGUAUGAAAGAUGGUAUGAUGGAAGCCUGGGCGGUGAUCUUCUCUUCCGAGCGAGGGCACAGUGUAUGGAUGUGAAUGCAAGGAGUUACAGGUGGUCUGAGUCCCGCAGCAAAGUGUGCCAGAUGUGUGACAUGGGAGAGGAUGAGACGGUGGAACAUGUAGUGCUGGAGUGUGUGAAGUAUGCCAGAGACAGGAAUGAGAUGAUGCAAGUGAUACUGACUGAGUUAGGGCAUGAUAGGAAUGAAAGAGUGGAGAAGACGGGAAAAGAGUGGAUGGUGUUGUUGCUGGGACUGUGUACAGGGGCGAAUGAAAGGAUGAUUGAGGCGGUGAAAGAGUUUCUGGAGAGAAUGUGGCGUGCCAGGUGUAUGAACAAUUAGGAUAGAGGAUGCUGUUCGUUUCUCUUUUUUUUCCCCCUUCUACAGGAGUUGCCGAUCCAAAGGCCUGGCUCAGGAGUGAUCCUGUGCCACCUGUACCAUCAAGAUCAAGAUCAAGAUCAAGUGAAGUAAUUGGAUAUGUUUAUGGUUAGGUGCAAGACGUCACGGGGAGAGUUAGAUCUUGAAAGAUUUUUGGUCAAAUUAUCAAAAUAAUCCCUUCCUCCUUCCCACCUGGAAACCACUCUUCGUUUAUUAUCAGUCACAAGGAGGCUCCUUGAGCAGAGCCAGAAGAGGUUGAGUGGCAGAAAAAUGAACUAAUAGCGUUCCUUCAUGAAGAGCAGCCCAUCACCACCUCUUUGCAAGCCUCUUCACUUAUUUCAUGCUUAAUUAUAUAAUUUUUCCAUGUUAAUGUAUUAGCAAUUGGUUACAGGAUCAGAUAACAUUUCCUAGGCGUCAUAAAGGAGGAGGCAGUAGACACCUGCCGAAACGAUAAUUACUCCCAGUGAGGUCUAAAGCACUGUUCAGGGGAUGCUGUGAACUUAUCAUUAAACCCAGCUGUGACCUCACUGAACGUUUCCCUUUGUAUCUCACAACACAAGGGGGCAGUCAAAGCUUGCCCUCUAAAGACAACUCUCUUCCUCCACACAAAAAUACAAGCACCUAAUAACACACACACCCUUCACUCAAAAAUUUUAAAAUCAUGGCGACUCCUACACCAGCCUCGGAGUCCCCAUCUGGGGAGGGGACCAUAAAUGUACCCAGGUUGGACUGCCUUUCCGUCGACGACCCUAAGUGUCUUGACACCCCCGUCAACUUUUUCUUCAUUAACUUCUGCAACAUUCGCGGUCUAAGAUCUAAUUUUCAAUCUGUAGAACACCACCUCUCCUCUUCUAAACCUCAUCUUCUUUUCCUCACUGAAACUCAGGUGUCUGAGGCAACUGACAGUAGCCCCUUUUCUGUUCCCUCCUACUUUCUCUAUCCUCAUUUUCGAUCCAAAGCUGGAUGCUGCGUUUAUGUGCGCAAUGACUUAACCUGCUCUCGUGCCCACGCUCUUGAAUCUUCCGAGUUUUCCACCAUCUGGCUACGACUACAGAGUCAUUCUCAUACUAAAUUUAUCUGUGCUGUAUACCUCUCUCCUAACUCCUCUGAUUAUAAGAAAUUCUUUGACUACUUAACUUCCAAAGUGGAGCACAUUCUGACCCUCUUCCCUUUUGCAGAGAUCUCCAUUCUUGGAGACUUCAAUGUUCACCACCAGCUUUGGCUUUCCUCUCCCUUCACUGACCAUCCUGGUGAACUAGCCUACAACUUUGCUAUCCUCCAUGACCUAGAGCAACUGGUGCAACACCCUACUCGUAUUCCUGACCGUCUUGGAGAUACGCCCAACAUUCUUGACCUUUUCCUGACCUCUAAUCCUUCUGCUUAUGCUGUCACCCUUUCUUCUCUGUUGGGCUCCUCCGAUCUCAAUCUAAUAUCUUUAUCUUGCCCUAUCACUCCAAUCCCUCCUCAGGAUCCCCCUAAGCGAAGGUGCCUCUGGCGUUUUGCCUCUGCUAGUUGGAGGGACCUGAGGAGGUAUUUUGCUGAUUUUCCUUGGAAUGACUACUGCUUUCGUGUCAGAGACCCGUCUUUGUGUGCUGAGCGCAUAACAGAGGUGAUAGUGUCUGGCAUGGAGGCGUACAUUCCUCACUCUUUUUCUCGUCCUAAACCUUCUAAACCUUGGUUUAACACAGCUUGUUCUCGUGCUAUACAUGAUAGAGAGGUGGCCCACAAAAGGUACUUAAGCCUUCCAUCACCAGAAUCUCAUGCACUUUAUAUUUCUGCCCGGAACCAUGCCAAGUCUGUUCUCCAACUAGCCAAAAACUCCUUCAUUAACAGAAAAUGUCAAAACCUUUCAAGAUCUAACUCCCCUCGUGAUUUCUGGCAUCUAGCCAAAAAUAUCUCCAAUAACUUUGCUUCUUCUUCUUUCCCUCCUCUACUUCAACCAGAUGGCACCACUGCUAUCACAUCUAUUUCUAAAGCUGAACUCUUUGCUCAAACCUUUGCUAAAAACUUGGAUGAUUCUGGGCUUGUUCCUCCCUCUCCUCCACCCUCUGACUACUUCAUGCCACCUAUUAAAAUUCUUCGCAAUUAUGUUUUCCAUGCCCUCGCUGGCCUAAACCCUCGGAAGGCUUAUGGACCUGAUGGGGUCCCUCCUAUUGUUCUCCGAAACUGUGCCUCCGUGCUUGCACCUUGCCUAGUCAAACUCUUUCAGCUCUGUCUGUCAACAUCUACCUUUCCUUCUUGUUGGAAGUUUGCCUACAUUCAACCUGUUCCUAAAAAGGGUGACCGUUCUAAUCCCUCAAACUACCGUCCUAUUGCUUUAAUUUCCUGCCUAUCUAAAGUUUUUCAAUCUAUUCUCAACAGGAAGAUUCUUAAACAUCUAUCACUUUACAACCUUCUAUCUGAUCGCCAGUAUGGGUUCCGUCAAGGCCGCUCUACUGGUGAUCUUCUGGCUUUCCUUACUGAGUCUUGGUCAUCCUCUUUUAGAGACUUUGGUGAAACUUUUGCUGUUGCCUUGGACAUCUCAAAAGCCUUUGAUAGAGUCUGGCACAAAGCUUUGAUUUCCAAACUACCCUCCUACGGUUUCUAUCCUUCUCUCUGUAACUUCAUCUCAAGUUUCCUUUCUGACCGUUCUAUUGCUGCUGUGGUAGACGGUCACUGUUCUUCUCCUAAAUCUAUUAACAGUGGUGUUCCUCAGGGUUCUGUCCUGUCACCCACUCUCUUCUUAUUAUUCAUUAAUGAUCUUCUAAACCAAACUUCUUGUCCUAUCCACUCCUACGCUGAUGAUACCACCCUGCACUUUUCCACGUCUUUUCAUAGACGUCCAACCCUUCAGGAGGUAAACAUAUCACGCAGGGAAGCCACAGAACGCUUGACUUCUGAUCUUUCUAAAAUUUCUGAUUGGGGCAGAGCAAACUUGGUAUUGUUCAAUGCCUCAAAAACUCAAUUCCUCCAUCUAUCAACUCGACACAACCUUCCAGACAACUAUCCCCUCUUCUUCAAUGACACUCAACUGUCCCCCUCUUCUACACUGAACAUCCUUGGUCUGUCCUUUACAUAUAAUCUGAACUGGAAACUUCACAUCUCAUCUCUAGCUAAAACAGCUUCUAUGAAGUUAGGUGUUCUGAGACGUCUCCGCCAGUUUUUCUCAUCCCCCCAGCUGCUAACUCUGUACAAGGGCCUUAUCCGUCCAUGUAUGGAGUAUGCUUCACAUGUCUGGGGGGGGGGGUUCCACUCAUACUGCUCUUCUAGACAGGGUGGAAUCAAAAGCUUUUCGUCUCAUCAACUCCUCUCCUCUAACUGACUGUCUUCAGCCCCUCUCUCACCGCCGCAAUGUUGCAUAUCUAGCUGUCUUCUACCGGUAUUUUCAUGCCAACUGCUCUUCUGAUCUUGCUAACUGCAUGCCUCCCUUCCUUCCGCGGUCUCGCUGCACAAGACUCUCUUCUUUCUCUCACCCCUAUUCUGUCCACCUCUCUAAUGCAAGAGUUAACCAGUAUUCUCAAUCAUUCAUCCCUUUCUCUGGUAAACUCUGGAACUCCCUGCCUGCUUCUGUAUUUCCACCUUCCUAUGACUUGAAUUCCUUUAAGAGGGAGGUUUCAAGACACUUAUCCACCAAUUUUUGACCACUGCUUUGACCCUUUUAUGGGACUGGAAUUUCAGUGGGCAUUUUUUUUUAUUAGAUUUUUGUUGCCCUUGGCCAGUAUCCUUCCUACAUAAAAAAAAAAAAAAAAUGAAAAAUCAUACCUUGCAGCAAAUAUUACAUUAUUUUCACUAUGUUAAAGAAGCGCAAACAGAUAAGCCCAACACUCUCCCACCUCAACAUUUCUCCAUUAUGCCUGCUUGUUCGCCCUGUGGAUGCACCAAGAGUGACGAUGUAGAGAUAUCAUUUAACCGGUAAAGUGUAGAGAUUUUCAAGGGCAAUCAUCGCGCGAAAUGGUUAAAAAAAAAAAAAAAAAAAAAAAAACUGUUAGAUCAUGAGCAUGCCAAAAGACGUGGGAGAUAUGAUUAGUUACUUAAAGAAUUUCACUUGCAGUUUGUGUUCUGUGAGAUCCACAUACAAGCAAAUGAAAUUAAAGUAAUGCAGAGUUCUAUAUGUAUCAACAGAAGUGCAGUGAACACUUUCUAUUAACAAUUAAAGUAAUAAAUUAUAUAAAUCUUGGCACAUUUGUGUUACAGACUCCUCUGCUACAAUAUUCACUUUUUGACUAGCAGUUAUGAUUUACGCAAACAAAUAAUAAUCAAAUUACUGGAAUAUAUAGUUCCUUGUGGCUUCAUAUUCACUUUUUGACUAGCAGUUAUGAUUUACGCAAGCAAAUAAUAAUCAAAUUACUGGAAUAUAUAGUUCCUUGUGGCUUCAUAAUUAAUAUUAACACAGAAUGAUUUCUCAAAACCUUGAAAAAUUCAGCAAAAACAGUGUUGGAGUAAGGGUGUCUUGAUACCUGGGUGGUGAGGCAAUCAUGGACCCCUCUGAUUCCCUUGCCAACUUUUUUUUUUUUUUCAAUUGGAACAUUUGAAUUCCUGAUUAUUUUGGCCCCCUUUUUGCAUGGACCCAUGGUGGCCUCCCCUAAAAUCAUUCUAGGGCUGCCAUCACCAUCCCUUAAUCCAUCACUGCAAAUAAUAUAUUGCCCAAUUUAACCUAAACUAGUCCACCAUAUUGUAAGAAUAGCAAAUAGUUAUUAUGUAUA